GUCUUCGACGACGUCGGGCGAGACGUCGUGCUCUCGGCGUUCCGAGGCUUCAACACGACGCUCUUCGCGUACGGCCAGACGGGCUCGGGGAAGACGCACACCAUGGUCGGCGACGACGACCGGCCGGGCCUCGUGCCCUUCGUCGCGACGGCGCUCUUCGCCCUCGAGGCGCGCCGCGCGGCGCGCGACGGCGACGACGGCGACGACGACGCGCCGUACCUCGCGGCGCGCGGCGAGCGGCGCGUCGACGCGGCCUACCUGGAGAUCUACCAGGACCAGCUCCGCGACCUCCUGGGCGACGACGACGACGCGGCGGCGCUGAAGCUGCGGGAGCACCCGAAGCGCGGCGUCUACGUCGAGGGCCUCACGCGGUGGGCGCUCGAGUCGCCGCGGGAGCUGCUGGACCUGCUGGAGGUCGGCGCGGCGCGGCGCACGGUGGCGGCGACGCGCAUGAACCGCGACUCGUCGCGGUCGCACGCGGCGCUCUUCCUGACCUUCGACGACGGCCGCGGCGCGUCGACGCAGCUGACCUUGGUGGACCUCGCGGGGUCCGAGCGCACGCGGAAGAGCGGCGCGAGCGGCAAGGCGGCGCAGAUGCGCGAGGCCUGCGCCAUCAACUCGUCGCUGUCGACGCUGGGCCGCUGCGUCGCCGCGCUCGUCGCCGCGCGGAAGCACGCGGCGGACGGCGCCGCGGGCCCGGCGCCGCCCGCGCCGCCCUUCCGCGACAGCCCCCUGACCUGGCUCCUCCGCGAGGCCUUGGUCGGCGACUCGCGGACCUGGAUGAUGGCCUGCGUCGACGCGAGCGACGCGCAGCGCGGCGAGACGCACAGCACGCUGCGGUACGCGGCGUCGGCCCGGAGCCUCCGGACGCGCGCCAAGGUCAACGCGGACCCCGUCGCGGCGCUGCUCAAGGCCCUGCGCGCCGAG